AAUAAUAAUAAUAAAAAAAAAUCGGAAAAUCGAGAAAAAGUGCAAAGCGGGUGGCUUCACGCAGGAGCUUCGAGCCACUAUCUUCCCGCCACAUGGCGCAAUCCCCUCGCCCCAGCUCCCACCUCCCUUCGCUGCUGGCCGCUCGCUAGCCUCAAAUUAAAUCCCCAAUUUCUCCAUUUUUCCUAAAUUCGAACCCUCACCGUAUUUUCUAGUGGCUCACGUUUUUGUUCAAUGGCGGAGGUUUGAUAAAAGCAACAAAAAGGGAAACUUUCGUUUCUGCUGUGGCUUUUCUGCUUGCUCCCUUCAAUUCAGAACUGGUUGUAGCUUUUUUUUCUUUUUACCGUUUUGUGCUAGAGUGAGCUGGAAGUUUUUGAUCCGCCAUUUGUGAGUUUCUGUUGAGCUUGCGGGGUGCGUAUGUGAAGAUCGGAGGUGACACUGUUGGGUUUCCCAAUGGCUAUCAUCGAAGGUUGAAGGAGACAUGACGGUUCGUUUUGGGUGAGAUUUGGGAACUGAAUGAUUUUCGAUAAAUCCUCCUUUAAAAAGGACAAAGCCACUGCUUAUGAAUGAAUUCACGGUCCCAUCAAAUUUUACCACCGGAAGAGCGAUGAAUGAAAUUGUCCCGUGUGUCUGUAGCUGUAGCUUACCCUGGUCCUCUGUUUAGAUGGACCCUUAUUCAUCUGGAGAAGACCUUAUUAUAAAGACAAGGAAACCUUAUACUAUCACUAAGCAACGUGAGCGAUGGACUGAAGAGGAGCAUAAUAGGUUCUUAGAAGCCCUCAAGCUCUAUGGCCGUGCUUGGCAGCGUAUAGAAGAACAUAUAGGAACCAAGACUGCUGUGCAGAUCAGAAGUCAUGCACAAAAGUUUUUCACUAAGUUGGAAAAGGAGGCCACUGUUAAAGGAGUUCCAAUCGGACAAGCUCUUGACAUUGAUAUCCCUCCACCACGGCCAAAAAGGAAGCCGAGUAAUCCUUAUCCUCGAAAGACAGGUGGAGGAGCUCCUACUCUCCAGGUGGCAGUGAAGAAUGGGAAUACACAAUGCUCGGUUUCUUCUUCGUGCCAUAGUAAAUUGACAUUAACUUUGACGAAAGAACUUGAAGAGGAACCUAAUGAUGAUGAAAAAUUAGAUAAUAGUAAUCAUGAGCACAGGACAGUGCCUUGUACUUUUAUGCAAUACGGGCCCUUCUUGAAAGAAGCAAGCAAUCAUGAUGGGACUUCCGCAUCUCAAAUCACAGUCGAAGCCCACGGAAAAAGUUCUGAUUACAAACAGCCUUUAUUCAACGUUACAAAUGCCACCUCACAGGAUGAAAAGUUUGUGCAUUGUGAAAAGACAGCUGAACACAUUGAAAAAUCAUCAGCUUCUGAAAUGCAAGCCUCGACAAAGUACCCACGUCACGUACCCGUGCACAUUCUAGACGGGAGCUUGGAUGUCCCCGGACCUGAUACUGCACCAGAUACAUCAUCCUCAAACCAGCCUUUUUCAGAUUUUCAUCCGUCUAUCUUCAUUCCAAUCCAGAACCAAGACAAUUACCACCACCCUUCAUUUAUGCACCUUUCUUCGAUGUUUUCGAGCCUUAUCGUGUCUACUUUAUCGCAAAACCCCGCAACAUAUGCUGCGGCCAGGUUUGCCGCCACUUUGUGGCCAUUUUCGAACAACGUCGGUUUAGGACAAGCUUGUACAGCCUCAGCAAGUUCAAUUGCUGCAGCCACAGUAGCAGCUGCCACCUCAUGGUGGGCUGCUCACGGGCUUCUCCCUCCUUUACUCUGUACACCUUUUCAAACUCAACCUCCUCCGAACAACAGUCCAGGAAAAACAGAAAACGGACCUGAUAAUCCGAAUCCGAAAUCGCCAGUAGUUGCAUCCACAUCCGAGUCCGAAGCGAUUGGGCUUUUUCAGGUGGCGGGGCUUUCGAGCCCCCAACGCCGUGACGCCGGCCAAUUGCGCGAAUGCAUAGGCAGGCACUGUGUCCCAUUCCACCGACCAUCCAUCCCACCUUCUCCGCCUCCACCAACCACCUCCCGCCGCCGCCAUGACCUCGACCCUCUUAUUCUUCCUCCUUGCGGCCCAAUAGCGGCGGCGAACGCCGCUGUAACUCAGUGCGGCGGCAGUAGGUGUGGGACCCUCGAGAUCCCGUUCCCAUUUUACAUCCCGAACAAUUCUUGCGCCGCCGCGCAACCGCCGAUUUCCGCCGCCUUCUCCCUCUCCUGCCUCAACUCCUCGGCCCUCUUCCUCAACGUCUCCGGCCGGAACUACAAACUCCUGCAAUUCUUCCCCGACGGCGUCCUGCUCGACUUCCCCAACGCCACCGGCGGCGCGUGCCGCCCGUACGGCGACCUGGAGAGGUCUUUCCCCUUCUCCGGCGACGAGCACCUCGGGGUUUCUACCGACAACGUGCUAGAUCUGUACGACUGCGAGGAUUCCUCCCUGUGCAAAGCGGACUGCGAGACAACGGUGGCGGCGGCGGCCGCUCUCCGAGUGGAUGCGGCAGCUACCCUUCCUGCUGCUACCCGCUUUCCGACGGCGGCGCUUGGCGGCCGGGCGAGAGCCUAUCGGUUUUCGCCUCGAAAUUUGGGUGCAGGGGUUUUUCCUCGAGGGUUGUUCUGCCGGGGAGCACGGCCGGGAGGCGCGGGAUCAAGCUCGAGUGGGCUAUGCCGGAAAACUUCACCACCUGCGCCGCCGAUGCCGACAUCAUCAGUGCCACCUCCGUUGAAUCUGGAAUCAGGUGCCGGUGCCGUGCUGGGUUUUCCGGCGACGGGUUUGCUGUCGGGGAUGGUUGCAUCAAAUGAUGGAAAGGAAGCACGUGGAGACGAUUGUCGUCCGAACAACCACCAUAGACAGAAGGCUGUAAUUUUAGCCGGUUCGUUUCUAAACCGCCCGUUUUCUUUAGUUUUUGUUCCUCCAAAUUCGAAAUGUCGAAAAAGCUCAGUUGAGCAAUCUUGUGUUGAGUGCAGGGGUGAUAACUGCGCUCUCAUCUUCUUGACGAUAUUUUAUCUCUUGAAAAGGCCCAUUAGGCCCGACAAACACUUCGUCUCCAACCAAACCCACUCCCAGAAAGCCUGCUUGCCCGGCCAGCUAUUCACGUAUUGCGAGCUUGAGGUAGCCACCAAAGGAUUUGCCGAUGGUCAGAAAAUAGCCGAAAGCCCAAGGAGCACGAUUUACGCUGGGGCUGAUGUGGCGAAGGAGCUGGGCAAUGUCAUGAGGGACUGUGUCGAUGUGGGGCCCACAGUGGGGUUGGAGGAGACUUUCUCCAACUCGAGCCUGCUUCAGAUGAUAUCAAUCUCGCCCAGACUCAGAUUUACGUGCGCUAGAGAUGGAAAAGAAACAAUCAGACUCAUGAAUGAUUGCAUGGACAGUGAAGACCCAACUCUUCCAAUAUCAUACCAUCGUCAGUACAAAUUGUAUGUAAUGGAGAUGAAUGAAUCAAAACUCUCUAUCCUUGCAUCUAUGUUUUUGGUCCUCCUUUUCUUUUCCUUGAGACCACUCUAUUCAAUCUCUUGCCCUGAAAUUGAAAAACAGUCACUUUUAAGCUUCAAGCAAUCUCUAAAUGGCUCUUCAAACGUGUUGUCUUCUUGGGAUGCUAAAUUUGAUUGUUGCACGUGGAAAGGUGUUGUUUGCAGCAAUUUAUCCGGCCGAGUUCUUCAACUCCAUCUUCAAGGUAAUUAUUUUGAUGGCAAAUUAAAUUCAUCUUUGCUCAACUUGAAGCAUUUGAAAUAUCUUGACCUGAGCCAAAACAACUUUGAGGAAGGAAUCCCUUCUUUCAUUGGAUCGCUCACAAGCCUCGAAUACUUGAAUCUAUCGUUCGCUGGAUUUUAUGGAAAGAUUCCUCAUUGUAUUGGUAAUCUUUCCAAUUUGCACGUUUUAAGUUUGGCCGUCGAUUUAGUGUCGUGGUUAGAUGUCAAUAGUCUUGAAUGGUUGUCGGGACUUCCUAAAUUGGAGCACCUCAACAUGAAUGGUGUGAACCUCAACAAAGCAACCAACUGGGCACAACAGGUGAUUAACAAACUUCCUUCUUUAGUGGAGCUGCAUUUUAGAGAUUGUAAUCUUAAUUUGAUGGCUCCUCUGAAUGAUGUUAACAACAUCAGCAGUUGUAAUUUAGCCACUCUUGAUCUCUCCUCAAACCAGUACUACAAUUCCCUGUCUCAUGCCAUCAUCCCUCCUUGGAUUUUUCAACUCACCAACCUUAUCUAUCUUGAUAUGAGUAACAACUCAUUCCACGGCCCAAUUCCAACUACGAGCAACACCACAAAACUCCAACACAUUGAUCUCUCCUAUAACAAUUUGAAUUCAAGCAUUCCACAGUGGCUCUGCUCCUGCAAACACCUCCAGUACCUCGAUUUAAGUUCAAAUGAACUUUCUGGAAAAAUAUCAAGAGAAAUUGCAAACCUGUGCAAUAUUCAGGCCUUGAGUUUAUCGGGUAAUAAUUUGGUAGGAGAUAUAAGGGAUUCAUUUGAAAACAUGUCAGAUUGUUUCUUAGGAUCUUUGAUAUCUUUAGAUUUGUCAGAGAAUCAAAUCUCCGGUCAUUUGCCUCAUCAAUUUGGAGAAUUUAGGAGUCUCCAAACCCUCAAUCUUAGUUACAACUCAUUGUCCGGUGUCAUUCCAAACCAAAUAGUGAACUUGCUUUCCCUUCAAAGGUUACGCUUGGAGAAUAAUAAAUUGAUGGGAAACUUACCAGAGAGGAUUGGGAAACUAGUGAACUUGACAGAGCUUUAUAUAAGGAAUAACAUUUUGACGGGGAACUUACCAGAGAGUAUUGGGAAACUUGUGAACUUGACAGAGCUUUAUAUAGGGAAUAACAUGUUGGAAGGGGUUGUGACUGAAACUCACUUUGCCAAUCUCUCAAAUUUAAAAUCCUUGCGAGCCUUUGGAAACCACUUGAGUUUGAAAGUCAACCCCAAUUGGAUUCCACCAUUUAAACUAGAGGCGCUAAGUCUAAGGUCUUGGGACUUGGGAUCUCGAAUCCCGUUAUGGCUUGAGACUCAGAAAGACAGUAUCUUCGAACUUGAUUUAUCGUGUACUGGAAUCUAUGGAAACGUUCCCAGCUGGUUAUGGAGUUUGAGUUUUGAAUAUCUCAACCUUUCGCAUAACCAACUCGAUGGAAAUGUUUUAUCCAUUAGUGAUCGUGGACAUGAAAAUAAUUUUUUUGACUUGAGUUCCAACAGGUUUAGUGGUCCAUUGCCUCGAAUUGGGACAAAUGUGGUUUACCUUGAUCUCUCCCAUAACUCAUUCUCGGGACAUCUGUCAAAAUUUCUCUGCAACACAUCAACCAAUAAUGGACUGCAAAUUCUUAAUCUCGAGGAAAACCACCUGUCUGGUGAGUUACCCGAUUGUUUCGUGAAAUGGCAAUCAUUGAUAGCGUUGAACUUACGCAACAAUGAAUUAUCCGGAAGAAUACCAAAUUCCAUAGGAUUUCUAACAUGUUUAGAGUUCUUGAAUCUAUACGGCAACAAUUUCUCUGGCCAAAUACCUUCUUCACUGCAAAACUGCACGGAACUAAUUAGGAUUGACUUCUCUCAUAACAUUCUUGGUGGGGACAUACCGAAAUGGAUUGACACAAGAUUUUACCAACUGGCAAUUCUCAUUUUGCGCUCAAACAACUUCGGUGGAGAAAUCACCCCAUCCAUAUGCCAGCUAACAUCUCUACAAAUCUUGGAUCUCUCUCAUAAUAGGCUUUCCGGGAGAAUACCUACCUGCCUCAACAACCUUACUGCAAUUACCACAAAAAGAUUUUUAACAAAUCUCUUUUACCAUUCUGAGAGUGCAUCAAUUGCAACAAAAGGAAGAGAACUCUCCUACAGUACUACUCUUUCUUUGGUUACCAGUAUUGACCUUUCAAACAACAUCUUGUCUGGUGACAUCCCGAGAGAGGUAACAAGUCUGGUGGAACUCAGAAUCCUGAACCUGUCGCGAAAUCUUUUAACAGGAUCCAUCCCAGACAACAUUGGAAACAUGAAGCAACUCGAAUCUCUUGAUUUCUCAAUCAACUCAUUAUCGGGUGAGAUUCCAAGUAGCAUCACAACCAUGUCUUUUUUGAGUAGCUUCAAUUUGUCAUAUAACCACUUGACUGGAAGAAUCCCAGAAAGCACCCAGAUUCGAGGAUUGAAUGAGUCGAGUUUCAUCGGCAACAAUCUAUGUGGCCCUCCACUUACAAUAUCUUGCAGAAAUGACGAUAAAGCUCUUGAUCCACUGCAUGCAGAGAAUCUAGGCCGAGAAGGUAAUAAACGAGAGAUUGAUUGGUUUUACGUGUUCCUAUCAUUAGGGUAUGCUGUCGGGCUUUCGGCUGUCCUCACGACAUUGUAUUUUAAGAAGAAAUGGAGAGAAUUGUGUUAUGCUCUCUUUCACAAGUUAUGGGACAGUGUUUAUGUGUAUUUUGUUAUCAAGUGGAGAAGGCUCACAAGAGUAUUGGACUGA